CCCGGGGGUGGCGGGACCCGUGCAGGGAGGCAGGGAUCCGUGGCUCCGGGAGCAGCCAAGUGCAGGCGAUGCUCUCUGGCCGGUGCUGUGGGAGUGGGGUAGAGGUACAAAACCAGGCUGGGGUCCUGCGCCGUUGGACUCAAACAUAGCAGAGGUUGUGCUUGGAGUAGUGCGAGGCUUCCGUGGUGGGUGCUGGUCACUUGGUACCUGGCCCAUCCUGGGAAGUGGUGGACAGCCGCACUCUGCUUUCCCGGUGUUCCUGGGAUGGAAGAGGGAGUGUGAGCAGUGGUUGGGAGAAAGCGUGACUUGGGAGAAAGAAAAUAGUUGUAGUAUCCAUGGAGCAACUUAAAGGGACAUGACUGCCAAUACCAGUGUCAAAAAACUUAGUUUCUGGGAAGAUAGAGUGAGUUUAAUUAAACUGAAUUGAGCUGCUUUGUAAGUAUUGAUUAUUUCAGUUGCAUUUCACACUAUUUUGUAGCUGCAUAGAGUUAGUUUAGUGAUAGCAUCUAUUGUUGAGGUUGUUGAUGAAUGAAAAGUCUUCUCCAGGUCACGCCACCAAUGCAACCGUUCUUAAACUGUCCUGUGUUUGGUGGGAUGGAUGACAUUAAUGUCUCGGUUCAGUAACUUUCCGCUGUUAUUAUGCUGGUGAAAAAAAAGUGGUGUGAGAGAAGGAUCAAUGCAGAUUCUUUGGAUCCAAAGCAGUUUGGUCUUGCCUAGUUAUUUGAUGAGUGUUUGUACACUAUAACUCAUCCACACAUGAAGAAAUCACUGUGCCACAAGGCAGUGUGCAGGUUGUUUGUCAAAAGGAGUUUUGACCCUGUGAAGAAGUUCUUCCUAUUACAGAGUUGGAAACCAGUUAUUAGAAAACAGUUUAUUCUUUCUUUGUUGUUUUUCUUUUCUUUCUGAUUCAACUGUGAUGACUUUUUGUUGGCAAGCCUGAGAAAAUACACACGUAGGGGUGCAGAGUAUUUUGAAAUGACACACUAACCCGUGAUGCGACAGGAUUUCCUUGUGAGCAGGAGCAGGGGGGCUGACUUCAGGAUUGUGAUUAACCUGAGAGGAUGUAAUUUUUACUGGCUGCUCAAUAGAGAGUGUGCAGUUGAAAUUCUGUGUUUCUGCUGCUGAUGGACACAUGGAUUUACAUCAGUGGGAGUGGGUAGUGGGAACAAAGCUUUUCUGAAGCUGGGUGAGAGCAGUUAGUGACAGUUCUGGAGGUUCAGAGCACUUCAUCAGUCCACAGCCUCUGGUGCUUCCUAGCAUUUUACAGAGCGCUGGAGUUGACUGUUUCACUGAGGGACAGCAUUUCUGGCCAAAUGUCCCCACCCAGUGUGCUAUGGUGCAAAGCUGUGAGGGCAGCUGAGAUCCUGCUGCUGGAGCUGUGUGACUCUGAGCAGUCAGCUCCUGUCCCUGUCCAUGGCCUGCCCUGCACGUUGUGCAGACUUGCUUGUGGCUUCUUCUACAACUGCAGUGCACCUUUUGAGAGCUGAGAAGGGUUAGAAUCCCCAAGGACCUGGAAGAUACCAACUUGUUUGUGUUUAUAAGUGGAAAAUGAAACUUCAUUUGGGAAUGGGUUUUGUAGUUGUGCAGGUUUUGCAUAGGAGCAGGUUGCGUGUGCCGCACGGAGAGUAACCCUCACUGCAUCCUUCCAGCUCUGGGAAGGACAGGAGUUUGACAGACAUCAGUCUGCUACUUGUGAACAGAAGCCAUUCCUGAGCACCAGGCUGUGUGAGGCAUAACUCCCCAGACUGGACUUUGACAUUCUUUUCAUGAAAGAGGGUUCCAAGUAGUUGUCUUAUAAUUACUUUGAGAAGAAGUUCUAUGUAGCUCUUACUUCCCAGAGUGCUGCAAAAAUGAUUACUUCAGAUUUGCCAGUACUACAGGAUUCUACAAACGAAACUACUGCACAUUCAGAUGCUGGCAGUGAGCUUGAAGAAGCAGAAGUCAAAGGAAAAAGAAAAAGGGGCCGUCCUGGCAGGCCUCCAUCUGCCACUAAGAAACCCCGGAAGUCUCCAGCGGACAAGGGGCGAUCCGACGCUGGAGCUCGAGGAGCAAGUCGUGGGAGAGCCAAUGGCCACCCGCAGCAGAAUGGAGAAGGGGACCCUGUCACUUUGUUCGAGGUGGUUAAGCUGGGAAAGAGUGCUAUGCAGUCUGUGGUGGACGACUGGAUUGAAUCAUAUAAACAAGACAGGGACAUAGCACUUCUGGAUUUAAUCAACUUCUUUAUCCAGUGUUCAGGAUGUCGAGGUACGGUAAGAAUUGAAAUGUUCAGGAACAUGCAAAAUGCAGAAAUCAUAAGGAAAAUGACAGAAGAAUUUGAUGAGGACAGCGGUGAUUAUCCCCUGACCAUGCCCGGGCCUCAGUGGAAGAAGUUCCGCUCCAACUUCUGCGAGUUCAUCGGGGUGCUGAUCCGGCAGUGCCAGUACAGCAUCAUCUACGACGAGUACAUGAUGGACACGGUGAUCUCGCUGCUCACCGGCCUCUCCGACUCGCAGGUCCGCGCCUUCCGGCACACCAGCACGCUGGCUGCUAUGAAGCUUAUGACUGCUCUUGUGAAUGUUGCCUUAAACCUGAGCAUUCAUCAGGACAAUACACAGAGGCAGUAUGAAGCUGAGAGAAACAAAAUGAUUGGCAAAAGAGCUAAUGAAAGAUUGGAGCUGCUUCUUCAGAAAAGAAAAGAGCUACAAGAAAACCAAGAUGAAAUCGAAAAUAUGAUGAACUCUAUUUUUAAGGGUAUAUUUGUUCAUAGAUACCGUGAUGCUAUUGCUGAGAUUAGAGCUGUCUGUAUUGAAGAAAUUGGUGUCUGGAUGAAAAUGUACAGUGAUGCCUUCCUGAAUGAUAGUUAUUUAAAAUAUGUUGGUUGGACACUACAUGACAGGCAAGGUGAAGUGAGGUUGAAGUGUUUGAAAGCCCUUCAGAGUCUGUAUACCAACAGAGAGUUGUUUCCCAAACUGGAGCUGUUCACUAAUAGAUUCAAGGACCGCAUUGUGUCCAUGACCCUGGACAAGGAGUACGAUGUCGCUGUGGAAGCCAUUCGAUUGGUCACGCUCAUCCUCCAUGGCAGCGAGGAGGCUCUGUCCAAUGAAGACUGUGAGAAUGUUUAUCACCUGGUGUACUCGGCGCACCGGCCUGUGGCAGUAGCAGCUGGGGAGUUCCUCCACAAAAAGCUGUUCAGCAGACAUGAUCCCCAAGCUGAAGAGGCUCUAGCAAAGAGGAGGGGGCGAAAUAGCCCAAAUGGAAACCUUAUUAGAAUGUUGGUUCUUUUCUUUCUUGAAAGUGAGUUGCAUGAACAUGCAGCCUAUUUGGUGGACAGCUUGUGGGAGAGCUCUCAAGAACUGCUGAAAGACUGGGAAUGUAUGACAGAAUUGCUCUUGGAGGAGCCAGUCCAAGGAGAAGAAGCGAUGUCGGACCGUCAGGAGAGCGCUCUGAUCGAGCUCAUGGUGUGCACCAUCAGACAGGCUGCCGAGGCACAUCCCCCUGUGGGCAGGGGCACUGGCAAGAGGGUCUUGACAGCAAAAGAAAGAAAAACUCAGAUAGAUGACAGAAAUAAACUGACUGAGCAUUUCAUUAUUGCACUUCCCAUGCUGCUAUCAAAGUAUUCCGCUGACGCCGAGAAGGUUGCAAACCUCCUGCAAAUCCCUCAGUACUUUGACCUGGAAAUCUACAGCACGGGCAGAAUGGAAAAGCAUCUGGAUGCCUUACUGAAGCAGAUUAAGUUUGUCGUGGAAAAGCACGUGGAAUCAGAUGUUCUGGAAGCCUGCAGCAAAACCUACAGCAUCCUCUGCAGCGAGGAGUACACCAUCCAGAACAGAGUUGACAUAGCUCACAGCCAGCUCAUUGACGAAUUUGUGGAUCGAUUUAACCAUUCUGUCGAGGAUCUGCUGCAAGAGGGAGAAGAAGCUGAUGAUGAUGACAUAUACAAUGUGCUCUCCACACUGAAGAGGUUGACGUCUUUUCAUAAUGCUCAUGAUCUCACCAAAUGGGAUCUGUUCAGUAACUGCUACAGAUUGCUGAGAACUGGAAUUGAACACGGAGCUAUGCCAGAACAGAUUGUUGUCCAGGCACUGCAGUGUUCCCACUACUCUAUUCUCUGGCAGCUGGUGAAAAUCACUGAGGGCUCCCCUUCCAAAGAUGACUUGUUGGUAUUGAGGAAAACUGUGAAAUCCUUCCUGGCUGUCUGCCAGCAGUGUCUAUCAAAUGUCAACACUCCAGUCAAAGAACAGGCUUUCAUGCUGCUCUGUGAUCUCCUGAUGAUUUUUAGUCACCAGCUGAUGACGGGAGGUCGAGAAGGGCUCCAGCCUUUGGUGUUCAAUCCAGACUCAGGCCUCCAGUCAGAACUUCUCAGUUUUGUGAUGGAUCAUGUGUUUAUUGACCAAGAUGAUGAAAAUCAGAGCAUGGAGGGAGAUGAAGAAGAUGAAGCCAACAAAAUAGAAGCUUUACAUAAGAGAAGAAACCUUCUGGCUGCCUUUAGCAAGCUGAUAAUUUAUGACAUUGUGGACAUGCAUGCAGCAGCAGAUAUCUUCAAACACUAUAUGAAGUACUACAAUGACUAUGGAGAUAUCAUUAAGGAAACCCUGAGCAAAACCAGGCAAAUUGAUAAAAUCCAGUGUGCAAAGACACUCAUCCUCAGUUUGCAACAGCUGUUCAAUGAGCUUGUUCAGGAGCAAGGUCCCAACCUGGACAGGACAUCUGCCCACGUAAGUGGCAUUAAGGAGCUGGCCCGGCGGUUUGCCCUCACUUUCGGCUUGGAUCAGAUCAAGACAAGAGAGGCUGUGGCCACACUACACAAAGACGGCAUAGAGUUUGCCUUCAAAUACCAGAAUCAGAAAGGACAAGACUAUCCACCUCCUAACCUUGCUUUCCUCGAAGUGCUUAGUGAAUUUUCUUCCAAACUCCUGCGACAGGACAAAAAGACUGUGCACACCUACCUGGAGAAGUUCCUGACAGAGCAGAUGAUGGAGAGAAGAGAGGACGUUUGGCUGCCGCUGAUCUCGUACCGGAACUCGCUGGUGACGGGCGGCGAGGACGACAGGAUGUCCGUGAACAGCGGCAGCAGCAGCAGCAAGGCCUCCUCCGUCAGGAACAAGAAGGGCCGACCCCCCCUCCACAAAAAGAGAGUGGAAGAUGAGAGCCUGGAGGGCUCCUGGCUGAACAGGAAUGAGAACAUCCAUACUCCAGGGACACUGCAGACACCUCAGCUCACCUCCACUGUCCUGAGAGAGAACACCAGACAAAUGGGAGAGCAGAUCCAGGAGCACGAGUCGGAGCAGGGAUCUGAACAGGAUUUUUUACACAAUCCCCAGAUGCAGAUCUCGUGGCUGGGCCAGCAGAAGCUGGAGGAUCUCAGUCGAAAGGACAGGACAGGAAUGAACUACAUGAAAGGCAGAAGUGGCGUAAGGCACGCAGUACGAGGUCUAAUGGAAGAUGACGCUGAGCCCAUCUUUGAAGAUGUAAUGAUGUCCUCACGAGGCCAGCUAGAGGACAUGAAUGAAGAAUUUGAGGACACAAUGGUCAUUGAUCUGCCGCCGUCGCGGAACCGGCGCGAGCGCGCGGAGCUGCGGCCGGACUUCUUCGACUCGGCAGCGAUCAUCGAGGACGAUUCAGGAUUUGGCAUGCCCAUGUUCUGAAGUCCGGCGAAGACCUUUUACAAACUUGGAACUCUAUUGUUUAGAGCUAGAGGCCUAUAUACUGUGAUAGCUUGUAUGAAAACCACAUUUUUGAUGUGAUACGGUUUGAUUUUUAACCAAAUGAUUGAGGUCAACCCCUUGGUGUAGUGACGGAGAGAAGAGGAGCUUCUUAAUGACACACGGGAAUGUUGGCCAAUCCAGUCACCUCAGAAGGGCUGACCUAAAAAAUCAUUUGUAUCCCUGUUCUUGACUGUCCUAAUACGGAUUUUUUUUUUUUCUGGAUGAGGAGGAAGUUUUAAAUUGUUAAGACAGCUGUCAAAAUAAACACUGUUCUACAUAUGUUUUCUGAAAACAACAUUGAGUGAAAACAGAACUUUUUAACUUUAUUUUUCUGCUGUACAAUUUAAAACAGUUUUAACAUUUGCCUUUUUAUGUUUUCAAAGCUAGCCAUUUUUAUUAAACCUAUGCCUAUCAGCCACUGACUAGCAAGGCUGCUGUAAGCAGGUCGUUCUGGCUACGGAAAAGUGUUUUGGAACACACUGGAUUUGAUUAACAUUAUGGUACGCUUAUGUCCUCUCAUAGGCAUGGAGAAGAACACUCUCAGAGAAGAGGUUAGAAUUCUAAUGACGUGCAUCUCUGCCAAAAAAUUUCAGAUUCUGAUAUGAUAAACCCAGAUUUUAUACUCUUGAGAAGAUUUAUUUUUAUUUAUAAUGGGACAUAAAGUAAGAGAUGUCCAUGAAGCCACUUUUCCAACAGAUGCUGUGUAACAUUCAUUUUAUAUAGCACAUGGGGACACAAAAACAGUAAAUUUUCUAUUGGUACUUGCUCUGUGCAUUUUUAGCAACUUAUACCAGCAAAUAAAGUAUUCUCAGUAAAACACACAAACGGUUCUCAAGUAAUCACUUUGCUGUUUUUACUACCUACUUCAAGCCUGCCAACACAAGGUACAUAAACAGCAACUUUCCUAUUAAAAAAAAACAGUUCAAGGGUGGGGGAAAGGAUCACUUUAGCAUACUAAAAGUAAUUUUAACUGUACCAUAAAACAGAGUCUACUUUCCAUGCCGUAAAUACCCUUUUCUGCUAUUUUUGUAAAUUAAUUUUGCCAGUUAGAAGUACUGUAUGUGCUGCAUAGAAAUUUGUGCUUAGAUGGUGAAGUUCUUAAGCUUACAAUGGAAUACAGCUACAUUUUCAGUGUUAACUGUGCAUAUUGAGAGUAAUUCUUUGGGAAAAAAAAAAAGAUUUUUCAAAAAAGCUAAAAAGUCAAAAAAAAUUCCAAAAAACCCCCAAAACAUUUUCAGCUAAUUCAUUGUACUAAGAUAUUUUUCAAUGUCUUCAAUAAUUUGAAAUUUCAUUAUGCUUCAAUUUUAUGACUCGAUGUAGUAGCUGCUCCUUUACCCAGCCUGGCCUGGAGCAGCAGUGCUGGCCCUCCACAGCUCCAGAUCUCCAACAAUUGGCCCCAAAACCUUCAUCUGCUGCACUCUGUAGCAGUUGAGCUACAAGGCAGACUGACCCACUUGGAGCACAGCAGUUUCAGAGGUGCUUUAGUUUUAGCAACUGCAGAGUAAUCACGGAGCUUUUUUCUGUUUCGAGCUUACUGGACACCAGCCCAACCCCUCAGUGCCCAGCGUGGCAGAGAAAAAGCCCAAAUUCACCUCACCCAGCUGAGCUUGGCUCUCACAACACGUGCACUUCUCAGACACGGUUGCCAAAAAUGUUUGACCAGGUAAUUCAGCCAUUCCUUAGCGUGGGUUGGGGAUGUAUCGAUCCCACAAAGUAGCUGGAAUUUUAUAAACCCUGUCACCUCCCUGUGUGCACCCCCACGGCCUGGGGGCAGGAAUGGCUGCAGGACCUGUCCCAGGAUCACUCUGUGAGCAUGGUGGCACAACAGGUGCUGCCCAGUUUGAGUCAGAGUCUCAGACAAACCUUGUGCUUCACAGUCCUCUGUGUGGAAAACUGAUUCCUAAUUUAACAUUGUAGAAUACUGUAUAACGAGACAUUUAUUAUCAUGGUACCUGCAAUGGGUCUCCAGUUCAGUUUGCAGUCAAUAGGUUUUUGUAUUAUGAGUGUCUCCUUGAUUGGUUUUGCUAGUAAUUCUGUAAAUUGUACAUUUACAAUAUGAGGUUUUUUUUUUUUUUUCCUUUUGUACAAUUUAAAACUGAUGCUUCACCUUUCAUUUAAUAAACUAUUCAAAAAUCAUGA